GCCUACAAUGAGCCUCCAUAAAAGGGAGCGGCGGGGGGCUGGGGCCCCGGAUUGAGCCCUCCCCGCCCGGGGUCCCGACGUUUUAGGUCUCUGGGAGGCCGGGACGCGCCCGUCGCAGGCGCGGCUGGUGAGCGGCGGGCGGCGGGGAAGGGGCUGCACGGGGCGGGAGGCGGCCGCCUGCUUGCGCGCCCAGGCCUGCGCGCCCGUCCUCCGGUGUCCGGUCACCGAGAUUCCCCUGUCCGCGCCAUGGCCCUGAAGGCCGAGGGCGCAGCGCUCGACUGCUUCGAGGUGACGCUCAAAUGCGAGGAAGGGGAGGACGAGGAGGAAGCCAUGGUGGUGGCCGUAAUUCCGCGGCCCGAGCCGAUGCUCAGAGUGGCCCAGCAGGAGAAGACGCCACCACCCAGGCCCAGCCUGCUGGAGGCAGGCAGCGACAGCUGUGAGGAGCCCAGGCAGCAGGUGUCUUGGGAGCAGGAGUUCCUGGUGGGGAACAGCCCCGGAGGCAGCGGGCGCGCGCUAUGCAUGGUGUGUGGGGCGGAGAUCCGGGCCCCCUCGGCAGACACGGCACGCUCGCACAUCCUGGAGCAGCAUCCUCACACCCUGGACCUGAGCCCUUCUGAGAAGAGCAACAUCCUGGAGGCCUGGAGCGAGGGGGUGGCCCUUUUGCAAGACUUCAGAGCCGAGCAGCCAUCCCCACCCCACUCAGACUCAGGACAUGAUGUCGAUGUGGACCCAGACUCCGAUGCCGACCCUGCCAAAAUGCCAGCGGAGAUUGUUGUUCUCCUGGACUCUGAGGACAACCCAUCCCUCCCUAGAAGGAGCAGGCCCCGGGGACUCCGCCCUCUUGAACUCCCUGCUGCCCCUGUCACGGAGCCAGUAACCAAGAAGCCCCGGGGUCAGAGAUGGAAGGAGCCCCCUGGGGACGAGCCAGUCAGAAAGAAAAGAGGCAGACCCAUGACCAAAACCCUGGACCUGGACCCGGACCCGGACCCAGACCCCCCCUCACCUGACUCGCCCACAGAGACUUUCGCAGCUCCGCCCGAAGUCCGACACUUCACCGAUGGCAGCUUUCCCCCCGGCUUCGUCCUCCAGCUCUUCUCCCACACCCAGCUCAGGGCCUCAGACAGCAAGGACUUGUCCAAAGAGGGGAGAGGGGCAGAAGGAGGCCUCCUCCAGCCGGAAAGCCCCUCCCCAGAAGAGGAAACUGAGGCUUGGGGAGGUGCAGUACCUUCCCGGGCCACCUGGCCGGUGAGUGGCAGCCCAUGCGGACGCCCCGCCCGUGCUCCCCCUCCGGGGCUCCGUGGGACACUGGAUCUCCAGGUUAUCCGUGUGCGGUUGGAGGAGCCGCCGGCAGUCAGCCUCCUGCAAGAUUGGUCCAAGCACCCCCAGGGCACCAAGGGUGUGGGAGCAGGUGACGCCCCAGACUGGCCCGUGGUUCUGUCGGAAUCCAGCACCGCUGUCAGGGGACAGCCAGAGGCAGGGAGUGAUGUAUAGGUUCUUGUUUUUCUUGGGUGGGAGGGAGGGAGGGAGGAGGCAGUGUCCCCCUUCGGCCUAUCGUUCAGAGCUGCCCAGCUCGGCCACCUGAUGGAGAGAGUAAAACCAGGUGCCAAGGCAGGAUGGAGGAGAGGAGGGCGGGUGGCAUCUGCUGUGACUUGGGGGUGCUGGAAAAUGUCUCCCCUUAGGGAGGCUUGAGGCCAGACCCUGAGGGGGGCAGGGGACCCUGGGGGCUGUUGUGCAGUAGGGCAUUGGGCCUGUGGAGAACACCCACCCGAUUCUUUUGCUGACCCAGACCUCUGUCCCCCUCCCCCCACCACCUCCCACCCUGUUAGCCCCCUCCCAUUCUCCCUUGGCACAGUGCCUUACACAAGAGGUGGUCGCAACGGGGUUGAACUGAGUCCCACUACCUCGGGGGACGCCUCUCCUCCCCCACCUGUUCAGGCUCCUGGACCAGGAGGCCUCCAUUACCUCUUCCCGCUCCAUCCCCGCAGAUGACUGAAGCAGCCUACCUGGGGGGCUCGUUCACCCCUGCACUCCUGUUCACCUCUUUUCCUGUUGUAUAUACCUCCUUUGUUGACAAUAAAUUAUUUUUUUUUAUUAAGAAA